AUGGCAACUUCUGGCGAACACAGAGAGCAUGCGGAGAAUCGGUGCUUCACCAAUGAAGAAACUCCCUUACUCGCAGACCACAGUGUCACCACCAGUGAUGCCGCAGGAGCUGAAGAAUCGCUUAUUGCUUUGUCCCCAUGGCGGAAGCCUAAGUACUUCCUUCUGAUAGAGACCGCUAUCUUCACCAAUGUCUUCUUUGCAGGUUUCGAUGGAACAGUAACUGCUUCUACCUACGCCGUGAUCAGCUCCGACCUACAGCAAUCCAACCUCGCCUCAUGGAUAACUACAUCAUACAUCUUGACAAGUACAGCCAUUCAACCACUCUACGGUCGCUUCUCGGAUAUUCUUGGUCGGCGUGCAUGCCUCCUAAUGGCGACAGCUGUUUUUGGUCUUGGAUGCUUGGGAUGUGCUUGUAGCACCAAUAUGGCCACUCUCAUUAUGAUGAGAGCUUUGACAGGACUCGGUGGCGGAGGAUUGAUGACUAUGAGAAUCAGCGAGGCAUCUACCAAGCCUUCCAGAAUAUCCUCCACGGAUCAGGCGCUAUAUUCGGUACAACCCUCGGUGGUGUAA